AGAGAAAGCAGAGGGCUGGAAGCACCCAGCGCUGCAGGUAGCCCGACUCUGACCCUUUGCUGUCCAGUAGAAGCAGCCACAGCCAUGGCGGGGAUGAAGACGGCCUCUGGAGACUACAUUGACUCAUCCUGGGAGCUGCGUGUGUUUGUAGGAGAGGAGGAUCCUGAGGCCGAGUCGGUUACCCUCCGGGUCACUGGGGAGUCACACAUUGGUGGGGUGCUCCUGAAGAUUGUGGAAGACAUCAAUCGGAAGCAGGACUGGUCAGACCAUGCCAUCUGGUGGGAACAGAAAAGGCAAUGGCUGCUGCAGACCCACUGGACGCUGGACAAGUAUGGCAUCCUGGCUGAUGCCCGACUCUUCUUUGGACCCCAGCACCGGCCUGUGAUCCUGCGGCUGCCCAAUCGCCGUGCCCUGCGCCUCCGGGCCAGCUUCUCCCAGCCCCUCUUCCAGGCUGUGGCCGCCAUCUGCCGCCUCCUCAGCAUCCGGCAUCCUGAGGAGCUGUCCCUACUCCGGGCUCCGGAGAAGAAGAAGAAGAAGAAGGAGAAAGAGCAGGAGGAAGAGGUGUAUGACUUGACCCAGGUGGUCCUGGCUGGGGGCGUGGCACCUAUGCUGUUCCGGGGGAUGCCAGCUCACUUCUCAGACAGUGCACAGACUGAGGCCUGCUACCACAUGCUGAGCCGGCCCCAGCCGCCGCCCGACCCCCUCCUGCUCCAGCACUUGCCCCGGCCCAGCUCCCUGGUGGACAAGACCCAGCUCCACAGCAGGUGGCUGGACUCCUCCCGGUGCCUCAUGCAGCAGGGCGUCAGGGCCGGGGAUGUGCUCUGGCUGCGCUUCAAGUACUACAGCUUCUUCGACUUGGAUCCCAAGACAGAUCCUGUGCGGCUGACCCAGCUAUACGAGCAGGCUCGGUGGGAUCUGCUGCUGGAGGAGAUCGACUGCACUGAGGAGGAGAUGAUGGUGUUUGCAGCCCUGCAGUACCACGUCAACAAGCUGUCCCAGAGUGGGGAGGUGGCCGAGCCGGCUGGUGCAGACCCAGGGCUGGACGACCUGGAUGCAGCCCUGAGCAACCUGGAGGUGAAGCUGGAGGGGUCUGCGCCCACGGAUGUGCUGGACAGCCUCACCACCAUUCCAGAACUUAAAGACCACCUUCGAAUCUUCCGACCCCGGAAGCUGACCCUGAAGGGCUACCGCCAGCACUGGGUGGUGUUUAAGGAGACCACACUGUCCUACUACAAGAGCCAGGAAGAGGCCCCAGGGGAUCCUAUUCAGCAGCUUAACCUCAAGGGCUGUGAGGUGGUCCCUGAUGUCAAUGUCUCUGGGCAGAAGUUCUGCAUCAAACUCCUAGUGCCCUCACCUGAGGGCAUGAGUGAGAUCUACCUGCGGUGUCAGGAUGAGCAGCAGUAUGCUCGCUGGAUGGCUGGCUGCCGACUGGCCUCCAAGGGGCGCACCAUGGCAGAUAGCAGCUAUGCCAGUGAGGUGCAAGCCAUCCUUGCCUUCCUCAGCCUGAAGCGGACAGGUGGUGGAAGCUCUGGCAACCAGCCCCAGGGCCCUGACGCCUCUACUGAAGGCCUCAACCCCUAUGGUCUUGUUGCCCCCCGCUUGCAGCGAAAGUUCAAGGCCAAGCAGCUCACCCCUCGGAUCCUGGAAGCCCACCAGAAUGUGGCCCAGCUCUCACUGACUGAGGCCCAGCUGCGCUUCAUCCAGGCCUGGCAGUCCUUACCUGACUUCGGCAUCUCCUAUUUCACAGUCAGGUUCAAGGGCAGCAGAAAAGAUGAGAUCCUGGGCAUCGCCAACAACCGACUUAUCCGCAUCGACUUGGCUGUGGGUGACGUGGUCAAGACCUGGCGCUUCAGCAAUAUGCGCCAGUGGAAUGUCAACUGGGACAUCCGGCAGGUGGCCAUUGAGUUUGAUGAGCACAUCAAUGUGGCCUUCAGUUGUGUGUCUGCUAGCUGUCGAAUUGUGCAUGAGUACAUUGGGGGCUACAUUUUCCUGUCGACUCGGGAACGGGCCCGUGGGGAGGAGCUGGACGAGGACCUGUUCCUACAACUCACAGGAGGCCAUGAGGCUUUCUAAAGGCUGUUCUGCCCCUGCCCUGCUCACCAUCUGCCUCAGCCACUCCCAAACCCACACCCACUGGGAUUCACUACCCUACACCUGCUCUAGGCAGGCACUGAGCUGGGAACAUUCACCUGCUGUCACUGGCUUUGUGCAGGUUCAGGCACCUGGCAGGGCCAAACUCUGCCAUCAUCCAGGCUGGGAACAGGGGGCCCUGAGCUUGUGCAGCAUCCCCCUUCCCUUGUCCGAGGGGCCAAGGCCACCACCCCUGGCCUUUCUCUAGUCCCUGAGCACGCACACAGAAGACAAGAUAUACUUACAGGAUAACAAACCAUGGUCUCAAACAAGUUUCUUUCUUAUUAUUUUUUAAAAUAUUUUUAUAAAUUAAUAUUUUAUUGUUGGGUCAUC